AUGAAAAAUUCCCACAAUGCUGAACACAGAGGAAAAAACGAAGAGAAGGAUUAUGGAGUAAAGAAGUUGGUCACCCCUGAACCAUCUGUUAAAGAGUAUGGAGGAGCUCCAGGAGGACCAGCAUUCCCCGGACAAGCUCAAGAUCCUUUGUAUGGUUAUUUUGCUGCAGUAGCAGGGCAGGACGGACAAAUAGAUGCUGAUGAGCUACAGAGAUGUCUCACCCAGUCAGGGAUUGCAGGAGCAUAUAAACCUUUCAACUUAGAGACUUGCAGACUCAUGAUCUCAAUGCUGGACAGGGAUAUGUCUGGCACAAUGGGAUUUAAUGAAUUUAAAGAACUCUGGGCUGUGAUCAAUGGCUGGAAGCAACACUUUUUAAGUUUUGACAAUGAUGGAAGUGGUACAGUGGAUCGUCAAGAACUGGAGAAAGCCUUGAUGAAUAUGGGAUUUAGACUGAGCCCACAGGCUGUGACUGCAAUCACACGGCGAUACAGCACUCAUGGGAAGAUUACAUUUGAUGACUACGUUGCCUGCUGUGUGAAACUCAGAGCUCUUACUGAAUGUUUUAGAAGAAGGGAUGCAUCCCAGCAGGGUUUUGUGAACUUCCAGUAUGAUGAUUUCAUACAGUGUGUUAUGAGCAUCUAAAUCAAAAGGAAGGAAGCUGUGGAUGAUCACAAUUAACAUUCCAGCUUGUGUUUUGCUUUGCCAAAUCUUCCCAUGAUUAUGUAUCUCUACAUUGGAAAUCACCUGUUCUAUGAGGAUGUUGCUUUACACACUUGCAUAUUUUUUUUUUAGUUUUGACAAAGACUAUAAACUAAUCAUGUACUGUUGUCUUUAACUUUUAACCUGUGACUAUUAAAAUAUUUUUAUUUCCAUAAACUUGGAAUUCACUAUGUAUGACUCAAAUAAUGCA